AAUUUUGCAUGUCAUUAUUGUUGUGACAGUGAUUAGGUAUUUGUCGUUCAUAAGUGAAGCUCAAAGUUGUGAAAUUUUAUCUUAAGAAAAACUAUAAAAAUGAUGAGAUUUACAAUAUAGAUUUCCAAAAUCAUAUUUUUGACGAUUUUCGAUUUUGAUAACCAAUGAUUUUACCAAUGUCCGGUGGUUAUGGAUGGAUCCCAAUGGAUCAAACACACACGCUGUUGUGGGUGCCGUGCAAUUCUGGCGAUCCGUUGCCCAGGGGAGCCGUACACGCGGGCACUGACAAGGGCGGUGACCCAUUGUACGCAGGUCGGGCUUUUUAUGAAGGUGACUUGCUGCCAGCGAAAAUAAACCCAAGUCAUUCGUCGGCAUAUGUGUGUUGGGGAGGCAUGGAGCAUGCCUUAAGUCACUUCGAGGUUUUAUGUCAUGCAAACGUAGCAUGGCAAACCGCUCAAGGAAACCAUAUUCCACCUAACGCUAUUGUUGUAGGUGCAACCGUUAACGGCGAAAAACUUUAUAUGGGACGUACGCUUCAUGACGGAACAUUAACUCCUGGAAAAAUACAUCCUAGUCAUGGAACACUUUACAUUCCAUAUAAUGGAGAAGAAGUAUCCGUCACCGAAUAUGAAAUCAUGAUUUACCGACCACCUAUGACAAUUAAUUAAAAACCAUAAAUACUAUGUAAUAUUAAAUAAAUUAUAUAUUAUUCAUUAUUUAAAAGAAAUAGAA